AUGACUUGCAGGAAAAAUCUAUGGAGGGAUUUACUUACUUUAAAGCAAAGUGUUAAUAGUCCAUGGAUUACUGGUGGAGAUUUCAAUGCUAUUGCAAGUUGUGAGGAGAAAAUUGGAGGGGUGCCAGUUACAGAAACUGACAUAGAGGAUUUUCAAAGCUUCAUUAACACUGGUCAGCUAUUGCAUUUAAGAUCUACUGGCUGUUAUUAUACUUGGUGUAACAAACAAGAGGCUGAUAGCAGAAUCUGGUCUAGACUGGAUAGGUGCUUGGUGAAUGAGAAUUGGAUCCAUUCAUACACCUCAAGUCAGGUGGACUAUCUCAUUCCAAAUUGCUCUGACCACUCUCCGGCUUUAAUAACUAUUGAAGAUGAUAUUUCUGAGGGUAAAAGGCCAUUCAAGUUCUUCAAUAUGUGGGUCAAGCAUCCAGAUUUUAUCUCAACAGUGAUUUCUAUAUGGGAUCAAAGCAGUGAAGGCUAUAAUAUGUACAGGUCUCAUACUAAGCUCAAAAAGCUUAAACAUGCCCUCAAAGAGCUAAAUAAAAAUCACUUUAUGAAUAUAAGUGAACAAGUAUGUAGAGCAAAGGAAUAUUUAUCAGAUAUUCAAAGGCAAUUAAAUGAUGAUCUUUUCAACUCAGAUUUGAUUGCAAGGGAAAAAGAAUGCAUCAAAAAAUAUGACAGAUUGAUUGAUUGUGAAUCUUCUUAUUUCAAACAGAAAGCUAACAUUAGAAUGAUAGAUUGUUUAAAUUUCACCCCAAGUGUUCAAGAUUGA